AGAUCAUACAAACACACACACACACACACACACACACACACACACAGGAAUUUAUUCACCAAUGUGAAACGAAUGGUGUGUGUUAAUAGCAGGGAAAAAAAAAAAAUCAGUGCAUAUAAAGUCAUUUUGUUUCUUGGAUUUAUUUUCCCACUGAAGUGGAAGUUAGGACAGCUAGAUUUACCUUUUAGGAAUAUUUAUACCAGGGAGCAGUGUUCCACCAGGCCGGAUACCUCACAAUAAAAUGCAGACAAAUAGAAACAUUUGGUCAUAAUUUAUCCCAAUUGGUUAGAGAAGCAGUAUGAAGACUUGAGUGUUCUGGUCAUUACUGGCUCUAACCUAUUAGUUGAUAGUAAUCUGAUUAUAGUGUAAUCGAUCCUAUUGAUUGUAGCAUAAGCCAAGUGUCUGCGCUUCUGAAAAAGCAAUACAUAACUCUGUUGAAAGUAGAGUAAAAAUGUAUUUAUAUUCAAUUAACUUAAAUGCAGAUAGUCCAAGUUCAUGAAGAAUUGUACAGAGUCACAUUUGAAAUCGAAUCAGGACUAUUCAUGAUCCAUGAACCUCAGCCGGAGGUCGUUUGGGUGGGAUGUAAGAGGCUGAGAGUCCACCAGAGCAGAGGCAGCAGGCGGUGCCGGCCUCCAUCAGCCCUGUCAUCGAGAUGAAUAAGAGGACAACGGUCUGGAGGAGACAAGCGAGAGGAGGGGUAGGGCAGGGAGGAGAAGGGUGGGUGGUGGGGUCGGGGCGGAUAAAAAGAGAAUGAGAAAGUGCCGCUCGCCCCCUCUCCAUCCUACAGUAACCUGGGGAUGAACGUUGACCAAACAGCCAGGGAUACAGUCAGAGUCAGAGGCUGCUCAGUGGAAGGGACAGCAGUUGGUACUGUAGCUGGCAGCGUGCUCACAGUGUGUGGUUAAGGGGCUUGUGUUGCACUGCUGCUGCUGCCAUGGGCUCCAGGGUGGCGGUCCUGCUCUGCGUCCUCCUGGUGUGUGUCUGCUGCUCCAGAGGAGCGGUCAUCACUGGGGCGUGUGAGAGAGAUGUGCAGUGUGGCUUCAGGAUGUGCUGUGCUGUUAGUCUGUGGUUGAGGGGUUUGAGGAUGUGCGUGCCCAGAGGAGACGAAGGGGAGGAAUGCCACCCAUUUAGCCACAAGGUGCCCUACGUAGGAAAAAGGCAGCACCACACCUGCCCCUGUCUCCCCCACCUGGUCUGCACGAGCUACACAGACACCAGGUACAGGUGUACUUACGACUUCAAGAACAUGGACUUUUGAAGAAUCUCCUCAGACCGUGAGGAACAGUGAGAAGAGUUUGCAAAAUGGACCUACAGUAACCCAAAGUUUCCAGGAGAAACACUAACCCUAACCCUAACCCAACGAUGGAGCAAAAAAAAACAUCCUGUCACUUUGACCUCACUCUAUAUCUGUGUUUACUAUGCACUAUAUAACAAUUUGGGAGGGGAGGGGGGUCAGGGUUAAUUUAACGCACCUUUAGGUCAAUGACCUUUAUAUAGCUGCUAAAUAGUGCCGCAGUUAACCCACAACAAACUUCUUAAUUGUAGCAAAAGUCUGGCUUUGUGUGAAUUCUCAGAUUUCUGUGUUUCUUUUUCAUGCCUAAUGUAGAAUCAUUUAACAAAAAUAAUUAAAAACAAUGAAACUAUAACCGAAGUCAACUCUUUCCAUAAGGCGGCUUUUCAUUUCUAUGUAUCUUGAAUGUGUGUGAGUGUGUUUGUUUUGGUAUGUAAGAUUGGGACGGGAUUUCAAUAGAUGUUAUCUUGAAUGGGGAAAUAAUAAAUUGGUCUAUGUUGGUCUGA